AUGCAUCUUCUCGGCCACCACCUGCCCGAGCACAAGGCGCUCAAGGUCGCCCUCACCGCCUUCUACGGCAUCAACCAGGCGAUGGCGGCGCGCCUCCUCGCGCGCCUGCAGAUCCCCGAGCGCGCCCGCGUCUCCUCCCUCACCGAGACGCAGGUGACUGCGCUGUCCGCGUACCUGUCUUCGCCGGCGACGUCGGCGCCACCAGGCGCGACGCCCGUGGACGUUGCGAGCGGCGCGCAGGCGCCGGACGCCCGCGGCAAGGGCGUGACCGACCCCCUCAACUCUCUCCUCAUCGAGACCGACUUGCGCCGCCAGCGCCAGGCCGACAUCCUCCACCACCGCCAGAUCGGGACGUACCGCGGCCGUCGCCACGCUAUGGGUCUGCCCGUCCGUGGACAGAACACGCGCAACAACGCGCAGACGGCGAAGAAGCUGAACUCGAUCAACCGCAAGGCGUUCUCCACCCAGAUCUCCGCACCUCUCUUCAACGCCCCAGUGCCCCAGCCUCCCUCCAACAUUCUUCGGUUGCUUGGGCGGCAAUAG